AUGCGCUACCACAGAAAACCGUUGCCAAUAUUUCGGCCCCAGUUUGAACUGCUGCCGGUUGAACUGGUCGUACAGAUAUUUAAGUAUCUCUCCCCAAGCGAUCGACGAUCGGCGAGUUUCGUGUGCAGCCGCUGGUACGAAGCGUCCAAGUACUGCCGGUUCGCUGAGCAGAUGGUUCUGCAUCUCGUCGGCGUUGAUUUCGAUGACUUCAAACCGCCGGUCAUGAAUCUCAUCCUUGCCGACCGGAAAUACCCGCUGAUCAAGCUGUCCCGGGUGAAGCUGAACGUGCAGAGCAAAUUCUGGCAGAACUAUGGACCGUUUGUGCGCGAGAUCACGUUCGAGAAGUGCAUGAUCUGGAGGGAGCGUGUGAUCUCGCUGUUCAAGCAAAUGCCCAAUCUGCGUGUCGCACGCUUUGUCGAGUGCGAUCUGCUGAGGGACGAUCUGUUCCGUACGUGGAAGUUCUUCGACAACGGUCUGUACACGAUCGAUUUCCCGGGCGUGGAGUCACUCUCGCUGGCCAAGAACAACUUCAGCCAGCUGCAGUUCGAAUCGAUGGUGGAAAUGAUGCCGAACCUGACGCGGGUCGACUUUUCGAACUGCUUCCGGCAGGUGGAAACCGGUCGGAAGAUGUUUCUGCUUGGCUGCAUCCAGAAGUUCAUCGUGCGCAGACAGUAUGUGUUGCGUUCGGUCAAUAUCAGUGGCAUUCCGGUGGAUGACAUUUUUCUCCGAGGGCUAGCAGAUGCAGCGGGUUUGCUGCUGGACGAACUAAGUCUGACGUACCUCGAGAAGAUGCCUACCCGCGAACCGGCCAUCAUCGAUCUAGUUCGCAAGCAGACGAAUCUUCGCUGUCUGGACGUGACCAGCUCGACGGGGAUAACGGACUUCUGUCUGGAGCAGAUCGUGCGACACAUGCACGGGUUGCGGGCGCUUGUCAUGACCGGUUGCUGGGGCAUCUCGGACUACGGCAUCAAGCAAAUCUUCAAGCUCCAGCACCUGGAAACCCUCAACCUUUCCAACUGCAUUCGGAUGUCAAAACACGGCAUCAUCGAUGGGGCCGCCUUCAGCAAUCGGGCCAUCUUGAGGGAACUCCACCUGGAGCUGUUGGACACGCUGGACGAGGAGUGUGUGGUGAAGAUUGGUGCCAACUUUCCCAACCUCACCGUGCUGAACAUCGGUGGAUCGUCGACCUGCAUGACCGACUGGUCAGCGCAGUACAUCUUCUGCAAUCUUGUUAAUCUGGAGCAUUUAAACAUUGAGCGUAGCACGAAGCUAACUGAUGCUGGGUUUACCGGGAUCGAUCUGCCCGAGAAAACGUUCUCAAUCUGGGACGUGGAGGAAACGUUCGCGAUCGAUCGUUUGAAGAAGCUGCGCGUACUGAAGGUGUCCGGUUGCUAUCGCAUGACAGAUUUUGCGCUACGCUACGGAUUCCGGUUUACCGAGCUGAAGGAGCUUAGCCUAUCGCGGUGUCACCAGAUUUCCGAGGCCGGCAUUGAACGGUUGGUAUCGUCGUGCCCGGCGCUAGAGUAUCUGGAUCUCAGCGAGUGUCCCAACAUCAACGAUAACUGCGUGAAGAUGAUCGCCAAACAGCUGAAACGCAUCAGCACACUAAAGUUAGCCAACUGUCCGCUGCUGACCGAACAUUGUCUGGACUAUUUGGUGGCAUGUUGCAAAAAUUUGAAGUAUCUGUACGUGAGAGGGUGCUUCAAGCUGCCGCCAGACAUUGCGGAACGUUUAGCGAAAAUACCCACCAUGCGGCAGGUUUACAAAUCAUAG